AUGAGCGGCACAGGGAACCUGAGAAAAGCUAAGCUCUACAGCAGUCGACAAAUCCGAACUCAAGUCAAUGAUAGUUCGUUUUCUUCUGAAGGCGGGAAGCUUCUGAUUCCUCAGUUUCUUCAAUCGCGUCAAUUUGAGAUCGAAUCGCUUGAACGAGCACAGUUGCAAUCCAAAUACAGCGGAGCCGCCAGAUGUUUCCAAACACUUCCUCGGACUUUAAGACGGCGUGUAGCAUCGCAUAAUGUGAAGCGGAUCCCCAAGAGACUUCGAAACCGAGCCAUUCGUGAAAUGUCCGAAGGCACAGUGAGUGCCAUGAAGAAGCAAUGGAAGUCGCCUCGUAUUCGUAAUUUAAGAGGCAAACAAAGAUACAGAUUACUUAUGACCAAAAAGCUACUCCUGAUACAGACAAGAAUGAAAUAUAUGCGUAGUUUUCCCAAGAACUAUCGGUUGACUAGUAACACCCAGAAGAGGCUGUUGCGUCACAUUUGGAAGGGGUUGAAUCGUGAGCUUCGCUUGCAACGACAGGAGAAAGCGAAGGACCCCCACAACCGCUUAAAUAACAGAGUGGGGGCGUACGAUAAUUAUGGCAGGGGAGGUGAAUUGGCAGAAAGACCCACUGGUAACAUCAAAUAUUGGAAACGUCAACGUGAUUACGUAUGGUUGACCAGUCAUAUGUGGCAUGUGAAACGGUUCCACAUGCUUAAGAUUCAUGGGUGGCAAAUCCCGUUGCUGCCCACCCAAAAGUGUUUCAAGUCCAUGAAUAGAGCGAAGAAACAGGACUGUGUUAUAUUUGAUACGUCAUAUUUGAAUCAUAUGGUUGUGAGGACCAGGACCAGCUCGUCUACGUCUUCAAUUUUCAACGACUUCGUGGUCCCAUUGGCCAAGAUCACACAAGAGGAGGCGGUACGUUCAAGCGGAGUCUAUGAAGGAUUGGUGUACUAUCGUCGUGGCAACAGUCCUUACAUGCUGACAACGCUCGUGUUGAUUUAUUGGAAUGGCGAUACGGCUAUCGUGCGAACAUAUCCUUCUGCCUACGAGGAGUUAUUUGCACAUGUCGUGGCCGAGUACGCCAAUUGUGUGGAAAUAGAUGAUUGUAGAUACGCCAUCGGGAGUCUUGAACUUCGUGGACCGAAAGCUCUUGAAUUGCUUACCAAAAAUCUAAGUGUGAGCGAAGAGAGUGAACUGUUGCAGUUGUGGAAUUCAAUGGCAAAGUUCCCGGAUACAUAUCCGACAGGGUCUUGUUUAUCUAUUAAAAUGAGCGAUCCUCGUAUUAAGAAGAGGAAGACCAGCGGAGUGAACUCGAUUGCUUCAUUGUCGUUUAUUGACUUGUUGAAAAUGUUAAUUUCUCAUCGUCCUACAACCACUUUGACUGACCACGCAGAACGAUAUGCAAGUUAUGAAGAAAUGAAGUCCAUCAAAGAAGUUCAAAAACAAAAUGCUGCUACUCCUGCUAACGUGCCAAUAUUGCUUAUAAAGCUUCAAUCUAGUUCCUGGACCCUUUUGAUGCCUUGGUAUUGGAUUCUUCCAACGUGGCAUGUACUUGUGAAAUCACCCAAGGCGAAACCCGGUGGUCAGAAACAGAUUAGACAGUUUAACUUUGAAGCAGGGAUUAAGAGUUACCCAAUAGAUUUCCCAUUCACACCAGAUGGAUGGCAUUGGCAGCAAACUCAAAAAACUAUCAAGGCAUUGGUAUAUUCCAAAUUACCCAAAAGCAAACGGAUUAAUUUCGAUCAAUAUGAAGGUCCUUUGGACCCCCAUGGAAGUGAUUGGGAGUUUCUCCGUCGUUUGCAUUAUGAACUAAAGGAAUUGAAACAACAGAAUAAACUUCCUUUAGACACUGGAUCGGAUUUUGCUAAGUUCAAUUACGAAAGAGAUAUCACCACGAACGAAGAGACGGUACAACAAGUUAUUUCACGAAACAUUACUCUGGUGCAUGAUCUUGUGGUUGUAAUAAAAUCUGGAAUGGCUAUGAAAAAGUCUUUUCCUGCUCGUAGCAUUUGCUUACAAGAUCCAAAGUCUACUACUACUAACGAAGAAGACGAGAGUACUAAGAUACCUAUUUUACCAGUUAAGUCAAUUGGAUUAAAACUUGGUACGGGAUUGUUGAAGGAUAACGCACGUAUUUAUCGUUGGUGUGCGGAUCCUUCAGACCAUAAUAAAAUGAUUGUGGAACUAAUUGGGUUCAUCAGUAGUGGAGGAAUGAACUUAGAUUUGGGGAAGCUGCUGGGUAUAGGGUGUGUUGUGGGAGAUGCUGAUUUGACAGGUGGGAAAGUACUUGUAAGAAAUAUUGGUCAAACAAUAUUUCAUGAGGCCACAGUAAAGGAAUUAUAG